GCGGCAGCGGCUACAGUCGUGCCGCGGCCUCCGCAGAGGGAGGUCUGUACAGCCGGUGUCGUUCGCGGUAGCCUCGCGAGAGAGCGUCGUCGAGCGCGUGUCGCCAGAUUUUCACCUGUGAUCGGCCGUGAUAGAGUGACGCUCGGUCGAGGAAUCGUGCGAACAGUCGGCCCGGACCGAGAGAUUCCUGCGAAACGAACGCGAUCGUAGCGUGCGACCGGGAGGAUCGUGGGCCGCGCAACAGAUGCGAGGUCAAGCGACCCGUUGCGGCCCGACAACACUUGCCCACGAUUUCCUGCGGCCGCCGACGACUGGCCUCCGCGAGUGUGCACCGGGGUUCAACGAUCGGUGCAUCGUCGGUCUGCUGCUACGUAAGCCGGUGACGUAAUAUGACGCGCGACGAGUGUGCAUCACGAUUGUCGGUGACAUAGACCAGGUCGGACCAGAUGUCCGUUGAAUAUUUCACCGGCGAGUCCGUGAACAACCAGUGUUCCCAUUCGCGAACAGUUUCUCGAAGCGCUACGGAGAUCGGAGCGUACCUUUUGUUCGCGGUGGCUGCCGAUCGUGUGCGCGAGUCCUUCGGAGAAAGUGAGGGGAGUUAUGGUCGCCGCGUCGAGCCCUGGAUCCUCCGUUAGGGUAGACCCUUCUCUCUCCUUUUCUCUGCCUGUCUGAGGACACCGGUUCGGAAAGAGAGAACGAAGAAUUCCUUUGUCCUCUCGAAGGCCCGGUACGCCAGGUCGAGCCGCGGCGAGGAGAAGGGAGCAGGAAGCCACACGGUCGAGUUUCUGCCUUGUCCUCUGCCGUAUACCUGUCUGUGCCGAGGUGCCGAGGUGCGGUGGCGCGGUGGUCCGACGAAGAGGAUCGCCGCUGGACCGACGAAGCACGAGAGACAAGGUUCCCGUGGCAUCGGUGAACGUCCGUCAGCGUGCUGCCAGCGGCAAAGGGCAACAACCACGCUGCGAACACCGCCGGCGCGCUGUUAACCCAAGGCCAGGAUAACUUCGACGAAUCGGUCGCCGUUCGACUCUGUCCAUCCACGACAUGCUGCUGGAUUAGCGAGCAACGAUCCGAUCGCAGCCAGCUCACCCAGGAGAGUGUACCAGCGUGUUGUUGUUGUUUGUUCGGCUAAACCGUCAGUGAACGUUGGAGUCGUGACCGAGGAUGCAGCGACGAAGAUUACCGGACGCGCUGCUGCUGCUCGUCAGGACAGCUGUCCUAGCAGCUGUCUUCGGACACCUACUACUACCCAGUCAGGCCAGCAGACCCACGGGUGCGCACCCCGGUCAUGCUUAUUUCGAGCAACCCUGCUGCGGACGGUCCCAUCUCAGGCAUCACAAAGAACACGUGAGGGAGUUCAGCUGCGGCGACAAGAUGCCGCUGUAUUACAGGACACUGUACCUGGACAGUAAGAGGGACGCCCUAUACGUUGGCGCAAUGGACAAGGUGUUCAGGCUAAAUCUGAGCAACAUCAAUCACUCCAACUGCGAGAGGGACGUGUUGAACCUGGAGCCAAGCAAUGUGGCGAACUGUGUGUCCAAAGGGAAGUCCGAGCACUUCGACUGCCGGAAUCACAUAAGGGUGAUCCAGCCAAUGGCGGACGGGAAUCGGCUCUACAUGUGCGGCACGAACGCUCACUCGCCCAAGGAUUGGGUGAUUUAUAGCAAUCUGACCCAUUUACCCCGCCACGAGUACGUCCCGGGCGUGGGAAUGGGUAUAGCGAAGUGUCCUUACGAUCCUACGGACAAUUCGACCGCCGUCUGGGUGGAAAAGGGCAAUCCUGGUGACUUGCCAGCUCUUUAUUCCGGCACCAAUGCCGAAUUCACGAAAGCCGAUACCGUAAUCUUCCGCACGGAUCUCUACAAUUUAACCACCGGUCGCAAGGAGUUCAACUUCAAGAGGACACUGAAGUACGACUCGAAAUGGCUGGACAAGCCGAAUUUCGUGGGCUCGUACGACAUCGGCAGCCACGUGUUCUUUUUCUUCCGCGAGACUGCGGUGGAAUACAUAAACUGCGGCAAAAGCGUGUAUUCCCGAGUGGCGAGAGUUUGCAAAAAGGACACCGGCGGCAAGAAUAUCUUGUCUCAAAACUGGUCGACAUACCUGAAGGCUCGGUUGAACUGCUCGAUACCUGGCGAAUUUCCGUUCUACUUCAACGAGAUACAGAGCAUUUACAAGGUACCGGGCGACGACACGCACUUUUACGGCACGUUCACAACCUCGACGAACGGAUUAAUGGGCUCGGCGAUCUGCUCGUUUCAUAUCGACGCGAUCCAAGAAGCGUUCCGAGGUAAAUUCAAAGACCAAGCGACCAGCAGCAGCGCCUGGCUUCCGGUGCUCUCGAACAAAGUUCCUGAUCCGCGACCCGGCCAGUGCAUAAACGACACGGAGACCUUCCCGGACCUCGUUUUGAACUUUAUACGGUCUCACCCGCUAAUGGACUCGGCGAUAUCCCAUGAGAACGAGAAACCGGUGUUCUAUAAGCGCGACGUGAUGCUCACGCGAUUGGUCGUCGAUAAAUUACGCAUCGAUUUCGUUGAGUCGGAUCAGGAGUACACGGUCUACUACGCUGGUUCCAGCGACGGACGUGUACACAAGGUAGUUCAAUGGAUGGAGGGCGAGAGGGAUUCGCAGUCCAUCCUGUUGGACGUUUUUGACGUGACGCCGGGCGAGCCUAUCCAGGCGAUGGAAAUCUCGAAGGAGCACAAGGCCCUCUACGUCGCGUCCGAUCACAGAAUAAAGCAAAUUGACUUGGUGAUGUGCACGAGACGGUACGACAACUGUCUUCGCUGCGUUCACGACCCUUACUGCGGCUGGGACAAGGACGUGAACACCUGCAUGCCCUACAGACCCGGACUUCUUCAGGACGUGUCGAACAGAACGGCAGACGUCUGCGACAGCAGCGUGGGCAAGCGGAAGCUGGUGGUCACGUGGGGACAAUCGGUGCAUCUGAGCUGCUUCGUGAAGAUGCCGGAAGUGUUAGCGGAUCAGGAAGUCAGAUGGUACCACUACAGCAAGGAGAAGGGCGGCUACCAGAUAGCUUACAAGUACGGCGCUGGUGGGGACAAGUUCAUCGAGACGUCCGAGAAGGGCUUGGUGAUUGUGGGCGUGAACGAACAAGACGCCGGACGAUACGAUUGCUGGCUCGGUGGCUCGCUUUUGUGCUCGUACAACAUCACCGUGGACGCCCACAGAUGUUCAGCGCCGGCCAAAUCGAACGAUUAUCAGAAGAUAUACUCGGACUGGUGCCACGAAUUCGAGAAAUACAAGUCCGCCAUGAAGAGCUGGGAGAGGAAGCAAGCGCAAUGCGCCUCGAGGCAGAACGACAGCAAUCAAAAUCUGCACACGAACGAGGUGUACGGGACCCCCCUGGUCUGAUGGAGCCGAUCGUUGGAGCCCUCGUCGAGCCGAGACCCCGGCGCGAUGUUGCGUGCAAGCGUCCUGCCGAAGAAUCGCGGUCCAUCCACGACCAGUCGGACGAGUCACCUCAGUCUCCUUCUGACCGGUUACACCACUGCCUUUGUCCUCCUUGCUACCGACGGGCUUUCGACCAAGUGAACACCGACCAGCGAAACGCGUCCGCAUCAAGAGAGCCAGCCGGCAGAACCGUAUAUCUACGUCCGAAACGGCGAGGACGAUCGCCUCGUCCACCAUUGACGUCCAUCCUCGAUCGAUCGAACGAGCCUCUCGUACCUAUUGCUCGCGCGACCUCGAGCCGCCGAUCGAGUGAUCCAACACAGAGACUGGACUUGCCCGACCAGCCACGGUUCCUCGAGGCUCCCCGCGAUCGAUGCGAACGAAACGUUAGCGUCGUCGCGUCGUCUUCGGUUCGGCCGAGAUCGCGCAUCCGGCCACUUGCCCACCUCAAGCAGAUUCGCUUCCGCUUCUCGUUUCUGUAAAUAGCCCGGAGCAGACGAAGGAUCGCGACAACGCGCGCGAUCGCGACGAGGCUCGCGACUUCGGGCGGAAACCGCGCGGAGGACGGCGCGCGGCUCGGCGAGACGGGAAUCCGCGGGAGACCGCGCGGUGUUCCUCGACGCGUCGUUCCUCAGAAGGAACGGUAAAGGUCCCUCGACUUCGGCUGAGAGCUAUGGGAGUUAUUUUCGGGAGGAAUAUCGCCGAGCAGACGAAGAGGCACGAGUCGAUAAUGGUUGUUGCCUCGACGCUUCUUCUUCUCGCGAAGGUUUGCACGCUGUUCGACCGGCAACGAUCGUUCCUUAACGUCCCCAACUAUCGUCCCGACUAAUUAGCAGCAGCGACGUUAAGGAAGAAAUGCUAUCGCGGACAUCAUCCGGACUCGAUAGCGAGGGACUUUUGCCCGCGUCGAGGCUGUCCGUCCGCGAACCGUCCAUCAACCGGAAAUCGGUCCCCUCGGUUUCUCAGAUCUGUGAUACGAGCGACGGGAUCUCGGACGAACGUUCUCGCCAGCGUCUUAUCCAUCCGAGGGCAGUUUCCCUCGUUAACGUCGCGGCAUUCGGAGAGGGUCGCCGUAGCGUUGCCGAACAGUGGACGCGACUUCCUCGGCGGCUGGAAGCGGAACGCGCGCCGCGGGACCGCGACGCUAACGAGGAAAACUGGAAUUCCCGCGAAGAGCCCGCGUCCUGGGAGAUUCGCACGAGUCUUCGGCGUGGUUUCGGCCGAUCGGAUGGCGGUGGUGGCAACGACGGUGACUUGUAAGUAGUCGGAGAGGCUGUGUAUGUAUGUGUAUGUGCCGUGUACAGUGACUCGCGGAGCGGAUGAAUGGUGCGAGAGGAACGCGGCGUCGAGCGCGCCGCGUUCCCGAAUGUCACGCAGGUUACACAUGAGAUUAUUAUACCGGCGACCUGGUCGCGGAACUGCGACCUUUUCUAUAGCUUCGUUAGCUUUCUCAUAUCACGUUGCCAGGCUCGCGCGACAAGCACCGCCGUCUGUCUUCGACUCGCGCGAUCCCCUUCGAUCGCGACACGACGAACGCUCGUUUCUCGUUGCCGUCGCGGUUUACUUUCCUCGUGUUUCUCGUAGGGCGUAGACUGAUCGACACUCGGACAUUCGGUUCCUAACCCGUAGGUUAACAUAUCGCGGCCCGUUCGCAGUGGUUCGAUGAAAAUCGCAACUUAUCCGGGCUUCUUGGUUUCUCGGCUCAAGUUUGACAAGCGUCGCGCUCCCUUUCGCGUUUCUGUGGAUUUCACAAGAAGGAGGAAUUUUGCUGCCGAAUCGAUCGGUUGUCGAGACACGCCUGUAGCGAUCGAAACGAGAACAAGAAUUUUCGAAGAGCGUACGCUCGUGACGCUUGUUCCAGUGAACAAUAGUGUAGGUAAGUUUUUAUUCGUCCGACGUGGAUGAUUUCGUAAGUAUUGGUCCUUUUAUUCUGUAUCUUUUUUUAUCGUGGAUAGUCUCCUAUCGAUCUGUCUUCUAGGAGAUAAUGAAGAUAGUUGCUGUUUCGGUUUAGCCGGUAAGGGAUUAGGAGUUCAAGUUUAUCUCUUUUCCGUUCCUUCGAGUUUUAUUUGUCAUUGUUAAAUUCCUUUCCGAACGAUCGAAACGGUACUUUACCAUAUUCUUCUCGAUUUCUUGCGCGACGUUGCGAAUACGAUGAUUCGAUGAUCGAACGUUCGUUCUUUCACCGAAGACACAUUUUUACGCGUGCCACUGCGACCGAGCUACCACUCGUGAAACGCUGUAACUAGUAAAACACUACCCAGUAUCACUAUUGCCAUUAUCAUUGUCGAGAACUGUGAAGGUGCUACGCAGGCGCGUUCGAUGCGUGCUGGAAAUUGGUAAGGCCUACUACAAUCCCGAAACGUUCGCACUAACUUUCCUGUGACCCAUGAACGCAUUCAGAAUUCGCGGAACACGCGCAUUCGUGCUGAAACGCAACGGGAGUCGGAAAUAAGUGUACAAAACUUCGAAUCUGAAAGAAAUGCUUCAAACAUUAUAUAUUCUCUCGAUUUCACUUAUACACGCCACAUGAAUGUCGUUGUCAGAUCAUAAAUCUCCGGUGGCUGGGCAAGAGUACAGGUCGAAUUUUGUCCAAAGUAAUGACAGAUAGACGUAGUUUGAGGAAGAAAAAGAAAAGAGCGUUUCUAAGUCGACUAUGAUGCACAGACUGCAGAUCGUUGUGCGCGCAUGCACAAAAUUUAAGAAUGCGAGGAAUCCUGUAUACUAUCAAAAGCAAACGGUAUUUUUAUAUCAUUUUUUCCACAAGAAAUCUGCUGGUUGGAAGAGGCAAUUUCCCCUUGAUUUGAACAUUCCUAAAAUGAUCUUGAUAACGCGCACGAAGAUCCGCAGUCUGAUGACGUAUAUUUUGUAAGCUGCACAUUGAAGUAACAAUUCUGUCUUGAACCGUUUCGCUGCGCGAGGGAAAUCUUUUGUCAGCAUUUAACAGACGUAAACUUGUUCCGUGUCGUUUUCUUUAUGAUCCGCGAUCCUUCGUAAAAAAAGAAAAAAAGAAAAGGUUAGCUCGUUUUAGGAUCGUUGUACGUUUAUUUCCGCUUCUAAUUGCACGCGUGGACGCGCGAAACGGUCCGGCGUGAAUAAUCGCCGAUCCGGUCGACUCUCGCCGAUCCGGUGCAAAAAGAAAGAAAACCAUAAUCGCAUAUACCUCUGAGCCUAGAAAUAGAAUAUCCCCGGUUGUGCUCGACAGUUUCCGUUCGACCGGAUCUCGGAUCUCGGGGUCCUGGGCGGACCAGCGGACCGAUCAAGUAGACAGUCGUGAAUCGCGGGUGAAACCGGGCAGACGAUCGGUUCGUGCCGAAGCAAGAAAGUUCGACGGAGGGACUAACGUCGGCGAUCGCUCUCCAAUUGGUUUCUCCGACGCGACGCGACGCGACGUUUCUCCGAGGCCGAGAGCAGCACCGUUCGCGAACCGGCGUCCGGCGACGAGCCGUCGGAAUUUCGUUUUUCUUCCGGUCCGGGAACGACUGUGUGUACAUAGGAUCGCGAUAGCGCAUGGUAUUUUUAUAAACGAUAAAAAAUGAAAAUGAAAGGAAAGGAGGACGGAAAAGGCGAAUGAAAAUUGUUUCUCUCCGGAACGACGCGACCGUUGAACGCGAGGGACGACUCGCGGCAAGUUUUCGUUUCACCCAGCUCUCUUUCCUUUUAAUUAAUCCCCCUCGUUUCGUCUCGUAUUUUUAAUCCUUUCGAAAUCUGUUUUUUGUAUCGCGUACACGUAGAAAGAGCGCUAGUUUAAAUCUACUUUUAAUCAGCGUAGAGCGACGAUCGCCGAUCGCUUCUACCAACGGAGAUCGGAGCCGGGCACGUUCUGUAGAAGAACGAGACUUUCGAGCAGCGAACGAAAGCCGAACCGUUUUAUCUUUUCGCUCGCGAAGGUCUGGACGAGGCUUUUACCUCUUUUAAGAAAGACCAUUUUUAUCGUAGCUUCUUCCGAAUACAUUUUUUUAACAAGCGACAAUUCUUUGUAACGUGGAAACGCUGCUUCGGGUAAUCGAUGUUAAGUCAAAGUGGCUUUCGAUACCGCCAAUUUCGCAUUCGACGACGAUAAAAUACUGUCGUGCUCUUUCUGCGCAAAAUGCAUCGAGUAGGCGUGGUUUCGUUACCCUCGCAGUUGUAACCCGCGAGGUUGACUUCGACCGUACGUGUUCCAAACUGUAGCGCCCGUCUCCCGUCGCAUCGCCCUUGGACAGUUCUACAGUGGAAGAAUACAUCGAAUAAGUAACAUUCGACUGUACACCAUUUUUCUCCGCGCUGCAUCGAAAAGCUUCUUUCCGAUAAUAAUUCCCAAUUCUCGAUCGGAAGAUUUGAAAAUAUUAUCGAAGGAUCCGUCGAAUGAUUCGCGAAUUUAUUUUGCCUAUCGUUGUCCGCGUACUGGAUCGUUCAAGUUCGUACAGUUUCCUUCGGCUACUUUUGAGGCAUCCGAAUUCUAGCGGAACAGAAUUUUGAUCUGCGACGAAAUCGCAAAACAAACUGCGAGAAAGCCAAAUGCUUUGUCCGCGUCUUCUCGACCGGCAGGUAAAACCGUGUACUCGCUCGAUGCUCCGAUCGUUUCUGCAAUUGUUUAAUCCGACUGCCCAGCUCCGACGGAGAUGGAUGCAUACCGGUGCUGUAUUAAACAAUCCGUGGGAGGGUCGCUGUGCCCGCAGCGGCUCGGCUCGUCAUCAUAAAUAGACGUACGAGUAGGCUAUAAAAGUAUAGUAGUAUAUAGUGGCGAGGUGCGAAUCAGAACGAGAAGUCGCGAAGACGGUGGAGCCGGAUAGAAAACGGAGCCGCGUCGGUGAUAGUUUCGCUGUUUUCUGCCGUUCAGUUUGUAAAUAGGAACACGUUCGUAUCGUUGAGACGCUCGCGACGCGGCCGCCAUUUCGGCCGCCGUCCGACGCCCUGAUAACCCUAAUCGACGCGACGCGAGGCGUCGGCGUCGGCGUCGGUCCGCGUCUCACGGGCCGAUCGCGGAUCACCGGGUCGCGAUUACGUUAGUUAUUCUUGUACAGAGAUUUCGAUACACACCGAGUUCGACGAUUUUCUGUUCUGUAUCUAUCGCGUCGACGGCAUACAAAGGUACACUGUCAGAUAGUGAAAGAGAACGAGUGCUACGAUCGUGUGAAAGCCAACCAGAGAAAAAGACUAACGAAUGUAAGAGUAAUUAUGUGCGAGAGAGCGAGCGAGCGAGAGAGAGAGAGAGAGAAAAAGAAAGAGAGAAA